GACAAAGACACGUUUUAGCAGUACAUUGUUCCUCUAAGGAUUAAAAGUGCUUCGAUAAAUUCUAACAAUCAAUACUGUUGAAAAUAAUUCGGGAAUUCAUUAUUUGUUUAUAUUUCUACAUUACACUGUCUUAACAUGAGUUCUAAACUUAAACAAGCUCUGGAUAUUUCUCUCGAGGAUUACAUCGCUGAGAAGGGAAUCGUCAGCAGUAUUCGUCCAAUGCCAAGCACAUCUACCAAGGUGGGAUAUUUCAAACGCCAAUUACGGUCGGAAAACGAAGAUGAUGAGAACGAGGAUGAUCUUUUUGUAGAGGACCGCAACGGAACUUUACCAAUAGUCAGCCAGGAAUCGAUCGGCAGCGACAGUGCUGAACAGCAAUCAGUAGAUGUUGAAAUGAAAAUUCAACAAGAUUCUGGAUGCUCGGAGGGCGUUCGUACUUUUAUCACUGAGGAGCAUAAACGUGGAAUUAAAUAUAUACCAUCGCAACAAUGGCGUCUGCAACGACAAAAUCAGGUUUCCAAGAAGCCUUCUGGAGUACCACCACUAAUGACAUUGAAGACGGUUUUCGAUCAAAAUACAGAGCAACUAAUUGCUUCUCUUGGAGAAAAUGCCAAAUUUUCGAAUUCUGAUGCUCGUAGUCGAAUCAAUCAAAAGUUUUCCCAUAGCUGGAAUAAAAAUUUUACUCAUAACAACAAUAACAAUUUCAACAACAGGCGAUUUCGGAACAAUCGCAAUCGCAAUCAAUACGGGAAGAACCCAAAUAUGGCUCCGAGUUUCAAUCCGUCGAUUCAUAAAAUAGAACAGCGUGCCAACACUCAAUUGAACAACAAUCAUGUAAAAGAUUUGCGUGCAUUUAUUACGCCGCCAUCGUCCUUUCUAUCUCAGGCCCCAGUGACCCCUGGCAUUGCUUGCACUUGGAACAACCCAAAUGCAUUCGGGCAGCCACAGCUUGUUACCUUUGCCGAUAUGUUGAACCGAAUCGGUCAAGCCUCUACAGUUCAAGAUCGUGACACUUUCACCGAUGUUAUUCGUAACGUAAUGCGAACGCAAUAUCAACAACAGUCGGCGAUGAUACCGACAAUGAAUCCGGAAAAUUUUUCUCAAAUGACAUCUAACGAACUAAUGCCAUUCGCAGCCCAAACGCUGCUAAAUCACAUAUCGACCGUUCAUCAGAACUUCGGACCUAAGUACGAUAUGAAGGUGCAGAAGGAAAUUCAUAAUUUGCAAGGUAAAACGUUGUUUUACCGUUCGUCCGGUGUUGUGAGUGCUGACGGGCCCGGAAUUGCCAACGAGAAAGUUACACCGGUCACAACUGAUUUGAGCAUGAAUAUGCGUUUCAGUUAGAUAAAGUUCGUGUUUAUUUCAGAUGAUUUUGAGUGAUUGACGAUUUUCUAUGUUCAAGGCGGAGCCUUUUGUUCUUUGCGGGUUUGUUAAUUAUUUGUUCUGUUUGACAUAACCUUUUUCGAAUUUCUUUGAUAAAAUUUAGGUUGACUAACCUAUUAAUGUAA